GCUGACGUAGAUUUCAGCGUGUAUGUUGAUGGAGAAGCUGAUGUUGAGGAUAAUGAGGUAGAUGAUGAAGAGAAGAGCGAAGAUAAAAACAGUGAUGAUGAAGCUAAGAGUGAUGAUGGAGAAAUUAACGAUGAUGAAAACAGAGAGGAACAAGAGAAGCCAGAUGGUGAUGGUCCUCAAUCUGAGGGUGAAGAACAGAUUCUAGAUGUCGAAGGACAAAGUAACCCAAAUCCACCAAAACGACGUAGGAAGACACCCGUGAGUGCAGCUCAGUCACAAUCUUCCAUCCCUGCACCUGUUGCUACAGACCAGUCACAAUCUUCUAUCCCAUCCUUACCAAGUGCACCAGAAGCUUCAUCUAGUGCACCUUUACGUGGCCGUGGGCGUGGCCGUCCGCCUGGGCGAGGACAAGCUCGCAAGGAGACAGUUCCAAGAGGUCAUGGCGUUUACAUUAGCCCAUUCAGUAAUAGGGUAUUUGAAGUUUGGGGAGACAGAGCACGAGAUGUAGGAGGUUCUUCAAUACGAGGCUCUCGGGGUCGCAAGUAG